AUUGGAUCUUAAAUCUUUAAGCCCUUUCAAACCACAAGCUUUUAAAAUCUUUAAUUUGGGUUGAAUGUGUUUCACAGUUGUCAGCCAAUAUUUAGUUUAUCUUCCAAAAAAAUCCUAUAUUAGUCAUAAUCAAUAUAUGAACAACCUUUUUAGAACAUAGAAGUAUCAUUUUAACCGACCUUGCCUUUUUAAUUGAACUAUAUUUUACUGUUACAGAUUUUCUUGCUGUAAUCUCACUGGUCUGUUCUGUAAAAGUUUGUGUUCAUCUCUACAAUCAUCAAACUCACUGAGAGAGCUGGACCUGAGUAACAAUGAUCUGCAGGAUUCAGGAGUAAAGCUUCUGUCUGAUGGACUAAAGAGUUCACACUGUCAACUCAACAUACUGAGAUUGACCAUCUGUAAUCUCACGGCUCAGUGCUGUGAAAGUUUGUCUUCAUCUCUACAAUUAUCAAACUCACUGAGAGAGCUGGACCUGAGUAACAAUGAUCUGCAGGAUUCAGGAGUGAAGCUGCUCUCUGGUGGACUGAAGAGUCCACACUGUCAACUCAACACACUACGAUUAUCUGGCUGUAUGGUGACAGAAGAAGGCUGUUGUUUUCUGGCUUCAGCUCUAAGUUCAAACCCCUCACACCUGAGAGAGCUGGAUCUCAGCUACAAUCACCCAGGACCAUCAUUAGUCAAGCUGCUCUCUGAUCCAAACUACAGACUGGAAAAACUGAAUGUGGAUCACGGAGGAGAGAUCAGGAUUACCACAGGACCACAGAAAUAUGCAUGCGAUCUUACACUGGAUUUAAACACUGCAAACACUCAUCUUAUUCUGUCUGAGAGGAACAGAAAGGCAACAUAUGUGAGAGAGAAGCAGUUUUAUCCUGACCAUGAAGAGAGAUUUGAUGAGUGUCUUCAAGUUCUGUGUAAAGAGGGUCUGGCUGGACGCUGUUACUGGGAGGUUGAGUGGAGUGGGAAUGUUUGUAUAUCAGUGACGUAUACGGGAAUCUGCAGGAAAGAAUGGAAUGAUUGUAGGUUUGGAUACAGUAAAAAGUCCUGGAGUCUGAACUGUUCUACUGACAGUUUCUGUGCCAUGCAUAACACUAAGAGCAAUAACAUAUCUGUGCCUUCAUGUUGCUCUAACAGAGUAGGAGUGUAUCUGGACUCAUCGGCCGGGAUCCUGUCCUUCUACAGCGUCUCUGACGCACGCACACUCACACACUUGCACACGUUUAAAUCCACAUUCACUGAACCCCUCUAUGCUGGAUUUGGAUUUAAUUAUGAUUCCUCAGUGUCUCUGUGUGAGAUUGAGCGGCUUUCUGUGAGAAACAACCAAAACACUCAGUAAAGAAACUGCGGAGGACAAUUUAUUCAUACAG